AUGGAACGCGUGAAAAGCAAACGAACCACCCAGCGGGCUCUGCAUACACGUCUACGAACCGAAGCAAGACAACUCAUCGACUCCAACCAGCUCAGCCUUUCUGCUCUACGGGUUUUGCACGAUAGACUGAAGACUUGCAAUGACGGCCUGCAGAAGCUCAACGAGCAACUAGAGGCCUUCCUCACGGACGAACAGACUGCAGAGGAUUUCGCUUCAGUAAGCGAAUACGAGGACAACGCAGCUGCAAGCUUGGCGCUGCUCGGCCAUCACAUUGAAUCGCUCCAAGCUCCAGGCCCACCGGCUCGAGGAAUCGAUCAACAAAACGAAGACUUACCACUUGCUCCGAGCGCACAACAGAAUGAUCACGGCGAUUACGGAGGGCCAGGGCGGGUAGGUGCAAGACUUCCCAAACUAGAGCUUCCUCGUUUUGACGGAACCGUAUCCCAAUGGCAGCCCUUUUGGGAUAUGUUUUGCCAUACUGUUCACGAAAACAACCAUUUGACCAACAUUGAUCGGUACCACUACCUGAAGACUCUGCUGAGUGGGCCCGCAGCGAAAGCCAUUGCAGGAAUCCAGGUGAGCGAGGCAUCCUACUGCGUCGCAAUCGAAAUAUUGAAAAACCGAUUUGGAAGCGUAAAAAUUAUCCAGCAAACGUACCUUGCCAACCUAAGAACGCUGAAGCCAGUCAAGUCAUCUGGUGACGUGACUGAACUGAGGGAACUCCUGGACAGCGUACAGAUUAACGUGCGAGGCCUAAAAGCGCUGGGUCUGCCGGAGCUGUCGUACGCAGCAAUGUUAUUAGAGGUUCUCACCAAAGCAAUCCCAAGUGACAUCGUUGUUGACUAUUAUAAACGACAGAGUUUCCAAGAGAACACAAGAGAAAAUCAGUCGUCAGAAGCAGAGCUUGAACAACUCUUAUGCUAUCUGCGUAUAGAAGUGGAAGCCCGCGAGAAAACUGGGCUCGUCGCACUCACAAAACGAAGGCUGCCUGACGACACACGAAGCUCAUACAGCAGCCAUCUGCCUUCAGCGGCGGUUCUUCAUAGUGACGCGGUUAAACAGCAAAGUGACUGUUUUUUUUGCCUUUCGCCAACGCACAACACCGAGAACUGUUCUUCUGAAAUCAAUCUGCAGGAGAAGAAAAGCCGGCUAGCAAAGGCAAGUAGAUGCUUUAAGUGUACUGCUAUUGGACAUCGGGCGAGAGACUGCCGCCGAAACGUACGCUGCUCAGAAUGCAGGGGCAGGCACGCUACUGUUGUUUGCGAUCCGAUGUACAAAGCAAAGAAAGGCUCACGCGAAAAAGAGAGCGCCAUCAUGCACGCGGCAACCAAGGAUGCAUCCGCGACCUUAGUGGAUAAACAGGUGCUCUUACAGACAUUUAGAGCCUGGUUGUUGAACGAAAGCCAGUCGUGCUACAUCAGAGGAGUCUUCGACAACGGGAGUCAGAGAACUUUCAUAAGAGAAGACGUGUCGAGGAAAUUGGGAUUACGCAAGGAAAAAACAGUUGACUUGUCGAUCAAAGCUUUUGGAGGAUCUAACGGAGCACCACGAAGGAAAUACAACUUAGUACAGGUCGCCGUGAUGAGCCAGUUCAGCCAUUUUCAACACGAAAUCGAAGCAAUUGAAGUUCUAUUUAUCUGCGAGGAAUUAAUUGAAGCUCCCGCUGCACACUCUUUUGUCCAUGGGCUGAACAAGGAAGGACGGUAUAUUGCUGACUUUCUGUUAUUCCCUGGACUCAAAGGAGAAGCUGGUAUCAGCUUACUUGUGGGAGCAGACCAGAUAUGGAAAUUCCUCCUGAACGAAGUCUGUUUGCAUGGCGAGGACAAGUGCCUGGCGGCUAUAAACACGAAGCUCGGUUGGACCUUCCAAGGACCCGUGACAUCUGGCGGCGGUGUUUUCACAGAAGCUGGAACACACAUCUGUGUCCUCCAAACAAACGGCGUCGAAUCGGAAGUUUCCGACACGCUCCAGCAAUUCUGGGAGCUCGAAAGCAUUGGAAUACUUGACGCUUCAACGAACUGCAGCCACCACAGCGAAGUUCUCCAACAAUUCAGCAAGGAUAUUGCGUUUAAAUACGGAAGGUAUGAAGUAGCUCUUCCUUGGAAGAACCUUAACGUGGACCUGUCAGACAACCAUACGGUUGCAGUCAAGCGGCUACACAGCUUGGUUCGACGGCCCAUCACAGAUACAGAGAUGAUCCAGCAGUAUGACGCAGCUGUCCGGCAAUACGAAGUGGAUGGACAUGCAGAGAAGAUAACUUACGGCCAAAGCAUACCUGACAAGUGUUACUACAUGCCUCAUAAGCCUGUGAGGAUUUGGGAACACGGCACCGACUGGGAAGAAGACAUGCCUAGAGCAUUACAGAAAGAAUGGGACGAAUGGUCUGAAGAAUUCAGGGCGUUACAGACAUUUUCGAUUCCCAGAUGUGGGUUGAAGAACUUUUUAGAUAACUCUACACGCCACCAACUUCACGUGUUUGCAGACGCCAGUUCGAGUGCCUAUGGUGCAGUGGCCUACCUCAGGAUCCAGGAUACAACCGGAAAUCAUGUAAGGAAGAUGCUCAUUCUGCUCUACUGGAAGUCCCUUAAUGUCAAUGUUUUUGUUCCGGGAGUACUGCUCAAGAUCAGUUAA